AUGAAUCCUGAAAAGCUUAAAAAGUUACAAGCACAAGUUAGGAUUGGAGGUAAAGGUACACCUCGUCGUAAAAAGAAGGUUGUCCACGCGACCGCAGCGACAGAUGACAAGAAACUGCAGAGCUGUCUGAAGAAGCUCUCGGUGAACACGAUCCCUGGGAUCGAGGAGGUCAACAUGAUCAAGGAUGACGGUACGGUAAUUCAUUUUAACAACCCAAAAGCUCAGGCGAGCCUCAACGCAAACACCUUCGCUAUCACCGGGCACGGCGAGAACAAACAAAUCACAGAAAUGCUUCCGGGCAUACUGAGCCAGUUGGGCCCAGAGGGCUUGACCCAGCUCAAAAGAUUGGCAAGCACGGUGGCUGGCAGUGCUGUUGGCAAAGCCACCAUGGAGGAGGAUGAUGAAGUGCCGGACUUGGUUGAAAACUUUGAUGAAGCAAGCAAGGAAGAGGUUGUUACAAAGAAAGAAGUUGAAGAAACUGAUAAAAAUGCAGCUGACAAAAAAGAAAUCAUUACACCAGUAGAAGAGAAAAAAGAAGCAAUAGUUAAAUCUGAUGCUUAA